AUGACAUGCAACCCAUCAUGGAGAGAGAUUGUGGAAGAGUUAUUGCCUGGUCAAACAUCACAAGAUCGCCCUGAUUUAAUCACUAGGAUAUUUCAUGCAAAAUUUGAGGAGUUCAAAAGUGAUGUUGUCGAUAAAAGUGCCCUUGGAAAGGUUGUGGCAUAUGUGUAUGUCAUUGAGUUUCAGAAAAGAGGUUUACCACAUGUCCACAUGUUACUGAUAUUGGAUGAAAAUGACAAACCAAGAUCACCUGAAGAAUAUGACAAAAUCGUGAGAGCUGAGAUACCUGAUAGAGAUGAGGAGCCACAACUAUAUGAUGCUGUUCUUAAACAUAUGAUCCAUAACCCCUGUGGCGCUGGACACCGAAAUUCAUCUUGCAUGGAGAAUGGAGUUUGUAAAAGAAAAUUUCCUAAACCAUUUUCGGCAAGCACUAUCCAAGGUGAUAACUCCUACCCUAUUUAUCGUCGUCGUGGUGAUCUCCCUGCGGUACCUUUGCAUGAGAAUAGCACAACAUAUGUUGAUAAUAGUUGGGUUGUUCCGUAUAAUCCAUGGCUGCUACUAAAGUAUGAUUGUCAUAUCAACGUAGAGAUUUGUAGUAGCAUCAAGUGUGUCAAAUAUUUGUACAAGUAUGUGCACAAGGGUGUCGAUCGUAUUUCUAUGGAAGUUCGAACAAGAACAGAUACCAACGAGAUUCAACAAUUUAUAGAUGCUAGAUGGGUUUGUGCACCUGAGGCAUUAUGGAGAAUUUACCAAUUUACACUUACCCGAAUGUGCCCAUCCAUGGAACGAUUACAACUCCACUUGCAAAACAAGCACCAGAUCAGGUUCAACAAAAAUCAAUAUAUUGAAGAUUUCCUUCAAAUGCCACAAAACUCGCGAACCAUGCUCACUGAAUUCUUUAAGAUGAAUCUCUCUGAUCCUGAAGCAAGAAAGUACCUUUACAUAGAAUUCCCUCAACAUUAUCGGUGGUUAACAUCUUCAAAAACAUGGAGAAAAAGGAGGAAUAAGCAGAGAGUGAUUGGAAGAAUAUAUACUGCAUCUCCAAUGGAAGGAGAAAGAUUUUUCUUGCGUUUGCUCUUAAAUCAUGUCAGAGGCCCAGAAUCAUUCCAACAUCUUCGAACUGUCAAUGGAAUUGUCUAUCCGACUUUUAGAGAAGCAGCUGAGAAACAUGGUCUAAUGGAGAACGAUGCAAGCAUUCUUGAUUGUUUACAUGAAGCAUCUAACUCUAAAAUGCCAUCAUCAUUGAGAAAAUUAUUUGUCACAUUAUUGGUCUGUUGCCAACCAACUGGAGUUCGAUCUUUAUGGGAUGAAUUCUACCCUUUCAUGGCCGAAGACCAUACUUUCUCAUCUCCAUCAAAUACAAAUUUUGUGCGUGACUCGGUUCUCUAUGAUAUAGAGCGCAUUUUGAAGCAAUUAAGUAAGUCUAUAACUGACUUUGACCUCCCUGAAAUAAGCAUGCAACUAGAUGGUAACGUAGAAUUGGCCAGAGUUAUACAUGAAGAAAUAUCUGCACCAGUGCCCCCGGAAGAUGUGCAUUGUGUAGAACAUCUUAAUGAUGAUCAACGUAAUUCGUUUAAUGCCAUAAUGGAAGCUAUUGAUGGAGAUACUGGUCAAAUUUUCUUCAUAAAUGGUCUGGGUGGGACCGGUAAGACCUUUUUAUAUCGCGCCAUACUUGCAACCAUUAAGCUUAGAAGAAAUUAUGGUCUUGCAGUAGCUAGCUCGGGUAUCGCUGCCACAUUAUUACAUAGAGGAAAAACUGCUCAUAAAACCUUUGGGAUUCCGGUGUCGUUGCAUGCUUCAUCAACAUGGAAGUUCAGCAAACAAGAUAUUGAAGCACAAUUAGUAAAACAUGCCGCUGUUAUAAUAUGGGAUGAAGCAACAAUGACACAUCGACAUGCAUAUGAGGCAGUUGAUCGUAAUAUAAGAGAUUUAAUGGGGGUUGAUAUUCCGUUUGGUGGUAAGGUCGUAGUGUUUGGUGGAGAUUUUAGACAAAUUCUCCCUGUUGUACCAAAAGGAACAAAAGCUCAAACCAUAGAUGCAUGUUUGGUAAGGUCAACACUUUGGAGGCAUGUUCAAAUACUUCGCCUCAGCCAGAAUAUGAGAUCCAGAAAUGAUGAAGAGUUUGCAGCAUUCCUUUUAAGAGUCGGUGAUGGAUCUUAG